AGUACAAUGGCGUCGGAUGCAGGAUCAGAGUCGAUGGCGACGGUGGCUGCCAAAGCUCCGAUAACAGCCGAGAGAAAGGUCCGAACUGAUCUCGACAACCGUCUCCCUAAACCAUAUGUGCCACGAGCCAUGGUUGCACCUGACAUGGAAAACCUCAACGGGACAAGGGGACACAAGCACAACGACAUGUCUGUUCUUCAACAGCACGUUGCUUUUUUUGAUCAAGAUGGUGAUGGUAUCAUCUACCCAUCCGAGACAUUCCGAGGAUUUAGAGCACUUGGUUUCAACGUGAUCUUUUGUUUCUUUCUAACGUUCAUCGUGCAUCUUACCAUGAGUUACGCCACAUCGCCUACUUGGAUGCCUUCCUUCACGUUCCCGAUUUACAUCAAGAACAUCCACAGAGCCAAACAUGGAAGCGACACAUCUACUUACGACACAGAAGGACGGUACAUCCCGGCAAAUCUGGAGAACAUGUUUAGUAAGUACGCGCGUACAGUACCUGAUAAGUUAACCCGUUACGAGUUGUGGCAAAUGACUGAGGCUAACCGUAACGCAUUCGAUUUCUUUGGCUGGGCAGCGAGUAAAAUGGAGUGGGGAGUACUCUACUUACUGGCUAAAGACGAGAAUGGCUACUUAUCCAAAGAAGCUGUUAGGAGAUGCUUCGAUGGGAGCUUGUUCGACUACUGCGCCAAGUCUAGAGCCGCUCCUAGAAAGGCUGAUUGAUCAACAUGCUAACAUGUUUCUCAAUUUUCUCGGCAGCUAAUGUCUCUUAACCGAAAACACGAAUCAGACCGUAACGUUUUAAUUUGCUUCGUAAAUUUCACAUCCUUAUAAUGGUUCUUUUGGUUUCUAUCUUUGACAAGUGCGUUGCUUGACGUAUAUCGACAUGUCACGGUGUUUGUCUAUGGAUAUCAUAGUAUGAAAGUUUUGUCGAACGUUGUAGAGGAUAGUAAUGCGAAUAGCAUGCAACUUGGUGAGUGAAUUAAACAAGACAGA